CUCCUCCUCUUAUUGCACUCUCACUCAUACAUCCAGACACAUGCAUGCAUGCAUUCACUCUGCCUUCUCUAUGUGUCUCCCCUUCUCUCUCCUUCUUUCACUACUCGGUCCUGUGCAGACUUGAGGAGCCCCGGAGAGGAGAUGAUGAUGAUGAUGGUGAUGCUGCUGCUGCUGGUGGUGGAGACCUUUUGGUGAUUUUUCUUUUUCCCCUUUAAAAAAAAAAAGGCAGAAAAAAGAGCAGAAAACUAGACUCAGAGCAAUGUUGAUGCAACAGCACCUCUUCCCUCUGCGCUGUGUUGAUCUGUCUGCCUCCUGCCUAGCAUCAGCCCAUUUUGGGGGGAUUUAAACGACAGGAAGAGUGCUGCGCUGGCUGUGCGCUCUGCGGUUCUGGUGCGCUGGAUCUCCUGCUCUUCAUCUCACACUGAAGGAUGUUCAGUUCUUUACACGAUCUGGAAUAUUACUACUACUACUACUGUCAACACUCCUCCUGCUGCUGCUGCUGCCCACUUCUCUGCCCCGGCCAGAUCGCAGUCUGAGACGCCCCUAAAGGGAAGAACAAGCAUGUCAGAGGCACCUGUGUUGCACAUGGAAAUGAGCCGUCUGCUGCUGGUUCUGCUGGACCUCUAAGCCAGACUUGAGAUUAUCCCAGAAUCACAGAAGAAAUUGGGAGUUCUCCUUUUCUGACGAGCUGAAAAAAAAUUCCUGUAUCACUGUAUACUGAGGAGCGCCAGCCGCUUAACCAGCUCUAUGGUUUUCUGAUUUGCCCAAGACUGCAAUUUUGGCAUCUGACUAAGAGUGGGUUUGUACAACGUUUGGACAAGGAGGUGGAGAACUGUCAGCAGCGGUGGCGGGUCGGAGAAACUCUGUUUGUUCCUCUUUACCAGGCAGGAAGGAAGGUGAUUAGAGAAAUCCCGUGGACCCUGUCAGAACCUCCGAAUCAGCACACUCAUACACUGAGAUGACCCAGGAACAGUGCACUCAUAGGAACAAUGUCCAGAGUUCAGAGAAACCCCAAGUUUACAAAGUGGGAAUAUACGGCUGGAGGAAACGCUGCCUUUACUUCUUCGUCCUGCUGCUGAUGAUCCUGAUCCUGGUCAACUUGGCUCUAACUAUCUGGAUCCUAAAGGUCAUGAACUUCACCAUAGACGGCAUGGGCAACCUCAGAAUAACAGAGAAGGGCCUGAAACUGGAGGGGGACUCCGAGUUCCUCCAACCCCUCUAUGCCAAAGAAAUACAGUCCAAACCAGGCCGCCCACUGUUCCUGCAGUCGUCCAGAAACGUGUCGGUCAAUAUCGUCAACAGCAACAACCAGCUGCUCACGCAGCUCGUAACAGGAUCCAGUGGAUUUAAAGCACGAGGCAAGAUGUUUGAAGUCAAGUCCACCUCCGGGAAGCUGCUGUUCUCGGCCGACGAGCAGGAGGUGGUGGUGGGCGCCGAGAGGCUCCGAGUGAUGGGGGCCGAAGGAGCCGUGUUCAGCAAAUCAGUGGAGACGCCGCAUGUCAGGGCCGAGCCCUUCAAAGAGCUGCGACUCGAGUCUCCCACUCGCUCUCUGCUGAUGGAGGCUCCGAAAGGCAUCCAGAUCCUGGCCGAGGCCGGAGACAUCCAGGCCAUCUGCAGGAACGAGCUGCGACUGGAGUCCAAAGACGGAGAGAUUUCUCUGGACGCCCGGAGGAUUCGCCUGAUGCGGCUGCCGGAGGGGAAGGCCUCCACCAGCUCCUCGUCCUCCGGGACCAGGCAGACUGUCUACGAGGUUUGCGUUUGCCCCAACGGGAGGCUUUUCUUGUCCCAGGCUGGCACCGGAUCCACCUGCCAGAUCAGCAACAACGUCUGCCUCUAGGACUGACACAAUAUAAAUAAACCACACAGACAUCCUGAAAGACAGACGGGCUUAAAAACAGACAGAUGUACACAUAUCGCCUGCCUCUAGGACUGAUUCACAGCAAACACGUUCAGAAAAACAAAGGCUGCCGGAGACGACGGUCACGGAAACAAUCAUAGAUACCGCACUUCCACGGACACACUGAUGUUUUGGAUCAGCCGAUAUGUUCAAAAGGCCAAACUUUGAGUCAAAGCUGCUGACAGGUGCCAACAAAAUGAUUUUCUAAGAGUAGAGAAGCCUUUCAGCCUCUCCACUGAGUCUUUAUACAUGUAGGACGUGAUGAUACUGGGCUUUUAAAUUGAAUUAUACACACAAAUAAAACAAGAAAUGCAUUGUAGUGCAGGAUUGAACGGCUCCUCCAUCUCAACUCUGGCACUAUUUAACAAAAGGUAAUAUAUCGGUGUGAUCCUAACAGUCAUUAUGCUAUUUGUUAAUAGCGAACGCUCAUUACAGAUGCACACACACUAGCUCCAAGACAUCUAUACACACAGUAUACAUUAACAUUUGGUGCGCGCACACACACACACACACACACACACACACACACACACACACACACACACACACACACACACACAGUAUUUGCUCGUAGAAGCCUCCUGGUAGAAACUGAGAGGGAAAAAACCUCCAGAGAUUUACUAGAGAAGACAAUGAUCUGUUCCCUUUUCUCCCUCAAGAGCAUCUCAGUACCAGAAUCACUAGGGUGAUCACCCAUGGCAACAGGCUCUCUCCUCCGUUCUUCUUCUUCCAUCCCCUUCAUCUUCCGUUUCUUUCCCCUGCCAUAGCCUCUUACACCUGAGAUAUUUUACUUUCUCACCGCUCACGAGGCAUUUUAAAGCCCAAUAGGCACACUAAAGCACCGACUGAUGGCCCUCCUGACACAAAUCGGAUCAGGACAUAAAACAACCGCAAAGAUUUGGACAUUGAUUGAGGUAUAACACAUUGCAGACAGUGAUUUCAGUCAGAAUAAUGUGCUUUACAGUGCCUGUGUGACAGUCUCCAAGUGAACUUUGAAAUGAUUCGGCUAAAGUUGACUUCAGACUCUGAAGCCAUGUUCACGUCACGUCGCAUUUAGUCAGCGCUGAUGAUUCAACUCCCAGAAAGGCAUGUUUAUUCAGUGGAAUUAUUUGAUUUUAAAAACAACAAAUGACCUCUCUGCCCUGGACGUGGAUCCAAACGUGAUGUUUUUUAAGUGACUUUUUUCCAGAAAGAUUCAUGACUUUGUGCCAAAUGGUACUUUUUUUUUGUUUUUUAGAUGAAAUCCUGGAUUUGUUUUUUUGCCCCCUAAAAUCUACUCACAUCAAUUUGUCAGUUUGCAUAUUUUCCAAGUUCGUCUAUUUUUAUGUCACAGUCAAUCCCUCACUUCUUGAAUCAAACUUUACAUUGGUCCUUUGUGUGAUUUGCCGUGAACAUGGCAGCAGUUAUUUUUAUACAUCUGAUGUAAACUGCUGUCUUUACAUUUAGUGGAUAAUUGAUUUCAUUUUCCAGCGUUCUGCAUAAAUUCUGUUUCCUCCUGAUGAAACAGCUUCACCCAGCAGUCGUCCCGACAGUGAAGAAAACCACAAAUACAAACAACAUCCUUGGCGUUUCUAAAAUCACACAUGAAGCAGCAGAAAUGUCCGACGUAAGCUGCUCGAACCUCGGCGGUGGUCACCCUACUUGCUUCUUGUACUGGGACAUUUUUUAAAAAGGACAAAAUAAAAACUGUAAAAAAAACUAACAUGAGCCACUCUGUUGAAAGAGGGGAACUGUGCCUGUGCCUUACGUCGAUGCACUUGUGGCAAGAAGAAGCACAUCACACAGACUUUCUUUGGCAUUAGUGAGUAACAUGACCUCUGAUUUCAGUUCAGUUUCAACCGAUUCACAAAUCGUUCCUUCUGUGCGAAUGCAAAGACCUUCGGCCACAUCUGAACCACAGCGCCUCCCAGCUAUCGGCGCUUGACUCUGCAAAGGGAUGCGUUAGUUUCGUUUUUAGAUUUAGCUUCCCGUUGCUUUGCUUUUCGUGAUCAGGUAUUCUGAGUGGAACUCUGUGUGUGGUUCUGUUAUUGCUAAAAGUGGCAAACGUGUGAUCCUGUGGAGUUUAAUAGGCACAUGAGAGCACCGAUUUUUACUGCUCAUCUCAAACCACUUGGCCACAAACGUCUAGUUUCUCCUGAAUGUUGAUACACAAGAUCUUUUUAUUUUUGCACAUACAAGUACUCUCUUAGUCCUUUCUUACUCUUUUGCUCCAUUAUCUUAAUUCUAUAUAUUAAUACUGCAAUUUCAAUGCACAGAUAUUGUAGAAAAUAGGAUAAAGAUUAACACUUGAUCAAUUGAUUACCGCUGAUAAUUUAACCAGUAUACAAAAUAUUUAUUAACUGAUAAGGCAGAAGAUGAAGGACAUUUAUGUCAGAAAUGUGCUAUAGAUCAGCUGUAGUACCUGGUUGUUCCACCAGGUGGAGCCUCUUACUGUUUAAUACUGUAGAGACCAGAGGAGGCAUCACUCAGACUACAGACAGUUACAUGUUAGCAAGCAAAGAGCACUGUGGGAGUUUAACUAGUAAUGGGCACCUUGAGCAAGACUUCUGUGCCACUUAAUGACUUCCAGCUUUAUGAGUUUAAGACAACUGUGUUUGACUAUGACCGUGCUUAUAGUUGAUCUUAGCUUGUCUUAAAACUUUUGUGGGGUUUAGACUUCUGUAGCAUUUAAUGACUUCCACCAGAGCUUAUGAGUUUAAGACAACCGUGAACGACUAGAACUGCGUUUCUAGCUGAUCCUAGCUUGUCUAUCAACUAUUGUGUGGGUUUAGCUAGUAAUGGGCACCAUGACAAAGACUUCUGUGCUGCUUAAUGACUUUCAGCCAGAGCUUAUGUGUUUAAGACAGCCGUGAAUGGCUAAAACUGUGCUUCUAGCUGAUCCUGGCUCGUCUUAAAACUAUUCUGGGGGUUUAGCUAGCAACAAGGCAACAUGACAAAGACUUCUGUGACAUUUAAUGACAUCCAGCCAGAGCUUAAGUGUUUAAGACAAUCAUGAAUGACUAGAACUGUGUUUCUAGAUGAUCCUAGAUGGUCUUAAAACUAUUGUUGGGGUUUAGCUAGCAAUGGGCACCAUGACAAAGAUUUCUGGAGACUUCCAGCCAGUGCUCAUCUGGUUGAGAUGAAUUGGAAUCGACUAGGACACCAUUCCUGUAUCUCACUGACAUAUGUCACAGACUACCUUAGCGGCUUUGUGGGAGUUGACAAAGUCUUGUGAGCUCACAUUUUUAGGUAAAAGUCUGUUUGGACGGUGCUCCUACAGCUCACUGGAAGAGGAAAUCAAGCUAACAGCUUUUGAUACAAGACCAUUAUUAAAAAAUUAUACAUCAACAAACAUGUAAAACUUCAGCUUUCUUCUACUUUUCCAGCCUGGGGUAGCAGUGGAUCAACAGGGUUUUCUCGACGUACCUCUCUCCAGCAACAUAUCUGCUUUUUUUUGGAAGUUUUGGGUUUUUUGGCUUCAUCAGACCUUUAAUGUGCAAUUUGGUUCAAUUUGGGAGUGAUUUGUUGCUCCAAACUAAGGAGUUUUAGUAUCUCAAGAUUGAGUGAUGAGACAAUAUGGAUAUAUAUAUCUAACAGUGCAUUCAUUUUCUCCACAAUAUCUACAAUAUCUGCAGCAAUGAAAGCAGAGUAAAAUGUGCACGUGGAUGUGGAAAUAUGGCAAAAAUCAAGACACUAAAAUGUAGUUUUACAUGUUACAACACAUCACAAAGGUAAAGAUGUGAAGAUCUUGCAGGUAAACACCCUCCAGAAACUAGACGUCGUAGCGUUUAUUUAUAUCUUCUGGGUGUCGCAUCCUUUUCCAGAGUCGGGCGUACCAACCUCCUGCUCUCCCCUCAGCUUCUCUGUCGCUGUAUAUUAAAGGACUUUCAUAAAUAUUUCACCAUGAAAUCGAACCUAUCUGAUGUGUUUUUUGACUACAUGUACACAAGAGAAAUACAUCUUUUUAUACGGUUGUAUAUGUAAAUACUGAACACGUAACGGCGUCAGAUGAUACACGCCGAUGAAAGAGAACCAGUGCUCUUUUACAAAAAGGAAAACCUUUUUUAUAAUGUACAUCAGUGUUUUUAUACUAAAAGGGCAAAAAGAAAAUAAAGUUAAAGGAUAUUCAUUGAGUUAGCAUGUAGAGCACUGUAUACGAUGUUCGCCUGUGGAGAACAAGCUGGUUUUGUUUUUACGCCUUCUCGCCUCUCCUGCUGAGCUCAGAUGUUUCACACAAACCUGCUUUUGUUUUCUUUUUUUGUUGUUGUUUUGUUGUUGUUGUUGUUGUGUCGGCCCGAGGUCUUUGCAUUCUCUCUCCAAGUGUGCAGUGUGUAAAUCUGUGCUAUGAUGAGUGAGCUUUUUGUUUUUGUUCUUCUGCUCCACAGAAAGUGUUGAAUGAGUCUCAGAGAAGCAAACAGGAAAAAACCAAAAGAGAAAAUCAAAGCAGAGAAGGAAAACGAUGCGUGGGGCCGAGGAGGAAUGUGCUGCAACUGUCGAAUUAAUAACACAAAAACUGGAAACAAAAAUCUGUUGUGUUUGAAUAAAAGUCAACAAUUAAUCAGUACAAAUUACUCAAAUCUUUAAGUGCAAAAUGCAGAAACCUUGGAUUGAAGGUAACCCGAACCCAGCAGACUGUAUUGCCGAUCAAUCGAUAGUAUUGAUCGUAUAUUGUGAGCACUCCUCUUCGCCCUGUGAGGUCAGCUGAGCGCUCCGUCCUUCCUUUUCUGGCUGAGUAUUUACGUUUUCCCUCAUUCUUCAGUCUAAAACUGCCGCUCAUGGAGUAGUUUUCAAGGAUGCCAAAAUAAAAAGGCGUUGUUCAAAUUGACUGCAGGUGUCGUUGGAUCCUCCCAGAAGAGAAAAAAAUGCUUGAAAUUCUACAGACCGGAAACUUUUUGUCUUUUUAGGGUUGAGUUUUCUUCAGUGGAGACAUGAAGCUGCAGCCUCUCUCCUGACCAGCCUCAUCUGUAGCUGGAUUAAAUAAAGAAAAUGCGGCGAUUUGUCGUUUUAAAUGAAUAAAACAAGACUUUUGGUAACAACUGCAGCUCACAUGACGCUUUGAAAGUGUGCAGUUGUUAAUGAAUAAUGGGAAAAACCAACAAAAACCAUCCAUGCGAUGGCUUUUAGGUGCAGGACAUAAAUAUAUGUCAGUUCUGAUGUGGAAAAAUCUAGUUUUCACACUGGUUUAGAUGCUUCCAAGAACAUUUACUGAAUUUAAUUAAAUGCUACCAUAUAUUGAUUUAAUAAAGGUUCUUGGGAGCCUCUGUGCCAUGUUGGUGCAUUUUAUGUCAUGCCAACUAGCGUGCAAAUUGUUAGCUAUAGCAUUAUUCAUGCUAAGUGAAGGCUGUUUAAUAGCAGAGCUGAACCAUUUUUAUUAAAUAUCCUUUAACAGUGAACUUCAACUGAUCUAUUAUGGCCAUAAUUGCUCGCUUUUGUCAGAUUUUUUGCACAUUUUCAUGCAAAAUCUGAUAGAUAUGAGUUUUUAGAAUAAUGUAACGCUUGCUGCUAGCAAGAUUUUCUAGCUAAUUUAACUUCAUUUUAUAUAGCUUCAUUUAAAGUUCUACUAUUAUUGUCAGAAUUUAUUUACAUUAAUAUCAUUUCUGCCAGUUCUGGAGUCAAGAUGGAGCUCUAACUUCCAGAAAUGACUCUGAUUCGAUAACAACUAUGAGGCUAAUGCUAAUAUUUUUUUCCACUCGGCUGUUUGCAUGUGUGACCUGCAGCGUUUUCCUGCAGCAGAAACAUCUUUUACUCAGAAUAUGUGCAGAAAACGACCAGAGCAUGUUUCAGAUCUUUAGAUUUACCGACGACAGAAGAAACUAACAGGAGAGACGGUGCAGCCUUCAUAUCUCUCUGAAAUAAGAAGGUUUCAGGGGUGAAAAUAUGACUUUUAUCUGAAUUCAUGAACAAAAGAAAAAUGUGACUCAACAUUUCAUCGUAAAAAAAACAGUAAUUUCUCUUUUUAUCAAUGCAGAGCAUCAUGGACUGAUGUACUUCUGCAAACAUUCAUAAAAGGGUCGAAUGUUCACAACAUUUUAGUUUCUAACUAUGUUUUAUUUUCUUUCUAUUGGGCUGUUUUGCUUUAACAACCCAGAGCUCAUGUCUUUUCUGUGAGUUUUCAGGAGUUCACAUUUCUAUAUAUUCUGUCAUUUAUUUGCCAGUAGACCCUUACUUCUCGUGGUGUACAUUUCCAGUAAUUAAAGCUCACUUUAUUUAAAUUUGACGACUCUUAACUGCUAAAUUGACGCAUCUCUAUGCUGUGAGGACGUACUUCAUGUUUCUGGGUCAGUUUGCUGAUUUAUUUUUCCUUUUCAUUUUCGUCAGGAUGUACACACAACAACUUUUAAGUGACACUUUCAUUUUGGAGAUAAAGAUGUGAGCUCCUAGAUACGUAGAGAAGCAUGUGCCCUCGUGUUCUCCACGCCGCCUCUAUAGCGGCCGCGACGUCAGCUGAUCGUAUCACAGAUGAUCCAUACAGGAAGCGGAACAUCGGACAGUGAUGCCGGAUUUAAUCUUCGCCGACGACAGCAGGCCGCCGGGUUUUUAUCUGCCGCCGUUCCCCUCCCAGUUUUGGCUCGCUUUCACAUUCCGCUGACGGCUUCAUCAUCUUGGUUCCGACGGCGCGAGUCAUCAUAUGUGUGAAAUUGGUUUCCAGAGUUUCGAUGGCUUCCUUUGUUUCGGAGUGUAAAACUGGCCGACGUGCAAAAAAAAGAAAAGAAACACCCCGGAGCUUCUUGCCAGGCAAUAAUGAGGCUUUUUUAUUCCAGACAAAACAGCCCCAACUGCCUGUUUUGUGUUUUUCUUUAGUUGCAGACGGUUGCUAAACUCCUUUUUUGCCUUCUAGUGGAAAUCUCAUUUAGCAAGUCAAACCCCGCCGUCGUCACCGAGCGUCAGCAGCUGUUCACCACUCUCUGAUCCCUUUAAAAAACUGACAAAUGAAGCUUUUUUUCAGCAGCGGCGGUGUAAAAACUCAAACAUCCUCCAGCGAGCUUUGAUUCUCCGGCUCCGGCCUCCGGCCUCCAUGCUGGGAGGUCAGCCCAGGUCAGGCCUCCUCUCUUGUUCGAUGCGUUAUCAGCCGAGUGAAGCGUCGCCGCCCCAGAUUAAGCUCCUCGCCUUCUCCAGCUGUGGACGGUUUGAUCUGCGUUUCUGUGCAGCCGGAGGCCUGAAAAACGUUCCCCUCAUUAGCCGAUCUUCGCUAACCUCCAGCUUCGUCUCUAAAAAGCUCAGAUUUGCAGAUAUUGGAUUGAAAAGAAAAGCACUUCCCUGGACUCCUUUCUGUCGUAAUAAUUUCUCAGAGGAUUGACGUUAGCGGUUAGCUGCUUUUCUCAUCAAUCAAACAUUAGAUAUGGAGGCUUGAACUCAGUUUUUUUCUCAUCCAGUGGCUCCCAUUCUCUUGUUUCCACAAAGCUGACAGCCGACCGAGGUCAAGCGGCGAUUUCCCAGAUAAAGAUUUCAUAUGAUAAUUCGCCAUUUCACUGUUCGGCUGCUCUUUUAUUAAAAGAGCCACCCUCUCAGAGACGACUUUCCUCUUGGAUUAUUGGAAUAAGAAGCCCAUAAAGCCGGGAGGGAGUUACUGACACGACUCCUCGCUGCAGAAAAAGGUUUUUGUCUUUCUACAGAAUGUUACCUAAAGGGCUGCAUGAAGAGGAAACGUAAAGCAGCUUUACUUGAGGGUGGAAGUUAUUUAAAUAUUCAAAACACCUGAGUUUGAAUCUGCUGUUGCAUGUCGCCUCCAUGUUGCCAAAGAGGCGUUUUUUUUCUCAUUUUUCCGGCUUUCGUACGUGACAACAACAGUUUGAACGGCGCAAAACUUGAUUUAAAGUCCGAUUCGGUGGAUAAAAUAAUGUGAGUGAUGUUAAUUUUGCAAUUUAAUUUCUAUUUACUGGUCUGAUUUGCGAUUUUAUGUGAUGUUUGCUGAGAUUUAUCACGAGUUCUUGGGUGUUUUUAGAAAUAUCUAGAUUUGACUGCAGUGAGUGUAAAGAAAUAUAUUUUGUUUGGUGUGUUUGUUUUUGCAGAUUUGAUGCCGAGUGUGUACAGAGUAUUUACAGAUACUCCUGGGUUUAGUGUUUUAGUGAGAAAAGUCACAGAUAGAUUCUAACCAACAGAUUUGGAGUUUCAAAGUGGGUUUGCUAAUUUUUUUCAGCACAAACCGACUGAAUCUGUCGCCUCUGAUGUCAUUCUGUCACAUUUUCCACUUGUACAAAGCCACUGUAAAUACAGGAAGGAGACGUUUUUUGUACCGUUCACCCCGUCGCUUAACAAACACAACGGUUUGGGUUUCGUCGUGGAUCUCGGAAAACACCUGCUGCAGAUUGUACCGGAAAAAUCCAGUGUUUGCUCGAGUUCAGGCUCUGUGAAUAUGAGGUUCUGUUUUUAUUUUCCACUUUUGUGACGGUUUCUGUUUGUUUUCUCUGUUUGUACCACGAUGGCGUAGAACAUCCAGGGGGAUCCUCACACAUUCUAUGCAAAACAAAUGGAUAUAGAACACAUUGUAACGAUGCAAUGGAUUAUGUCGGUGAACUCUUAAAUUUAUGAUACUUUCUGUAUACAGUUUGUAUUUAUGAACUGAGUUGCAAUCUAAACUGUAUCAAUAAACUUAUUUUAAAAAGA